AUGGAUAGCUUACUCGCUCUGGGUGGUGGAGCCUUGGUGGGGAUUGCCAUCCACCACGGCCUCUUCAUUCACGGAGAAUGGCACGUCCAGGCUCCUAACAUCCUCCUGGGUCAUCUUCUUGCCUUUGCCCUGCUUCAUGCCUUCCUUGACUCUGUGAUAUUCCUCUCCAUCAUCACAGGCUAUCUCUCUGCUCUAAUAUCCAGCAUCACAAUCUACCGUGUAUUCUUCCACCCUCUACGCCGUUUCCCCGGUCCCCUCGGUGCACGCAUCACCAAAUUAUGGCACGUCUGGCAGGUCAGAGACUCCAGGAACUAUCGAGUCCUAGACGACCUCCACACCCAAUACGGCGACUUUGUCCGCACAGGCCCCAACGAACUCACCAUCUUCCACCCAGACAUCUUCCUAACCAUCGACGGUCCCAAAAGCACCUGCAUCAAAGCCGAAUGGUACGACCUCCUCCACCCAAAACUAUCUCUCGUGACAAGCCGAGAUAAAUCCACCCACGCUGCUCGUCGACGCCAAUGGAACCGUGGCUUCACAUCAAAAUCAUUGGACCAAUACAUCACCAAAAUCCUCCCCUACAUCACCCAACUCGAGCACCGCAUCAACCACGACAUCCAAAACAACCACAUCUCCAACGUCACCGACCUCUUCUACUGGUUCGGAUUCGACACGAUGGGCGACUUCGUCUUCAAUAAAUCCUUUGACAUGCUGCAUCGCAACGAAUGGCAUUUCGUAGUGGUGUUGCUCCGUCGUGCCAUGUCCAUCUUAGGUCCGUUGAGUCCGGUCCCGUGGUUCGUGCAGAUUGCAUUCAAGCUCUUUCCCAGGGUAUGGAUCCUAGGUGAUUGGUUCCGUAUGGUAGCUUGGUGUGAAGGGCAGAUGAGGGAACGGAUGGAGCUCCCCGAAGACAAAACCCCAAUCCCCGACGUAGCCCACCACCUCCUCCUCGCCGCAAAAUCCACCCCCGAAGACUUCCCCUGGCUCUCCGGCGACAGCAUCCUCGCCAUCGUAGCGGGGAGCGAACCCACCGCCACAACUCUAAUCGGUAUAUUCUGUGAAUUGGCCCGUUCGCCACAUCUCGCUGAGACAAUCUACCACGAGCUUGAAACCGUGGAUAUCUGUGAUCCGAGGGCAAUAGCGAAGGAAUGUCCGUUCCUGGAGGCUGUUAUUUCGGAAGCGUUGAGGUUAUAUCCUGCCCUGCCGACGGGCGGGAAUCGGAAGACUUGUGAGGAGGUGUUUGUGGGGGAUGUGGUCGUGCCGAGGGGGACGACAGUUGUGGCGCCGAGGUGGUCGGUUUUUAGACGUGAGGAUUGCUUCGAACGCCCUGACGAAUUCAUCCCUGAGAGAUGGUACGGGAGGACAGAGAUGGUUAGGAAUAAAGCUGCGUAUGCGCCGUUUGGGACUGGCCAUCAUAGUUGUGUAGGACGGUUUCUGGCCAUGGAUGAUAUGAGACUUGUUACGGCGAGGCUGGUCAAGAAGUAUCAUUUGCGGUUGCCGGAGGGGGAGACCGGGGAGUGUGUGUUGGGGGAUUUGAGAGAUCAGUUUACGGCGACGCCGGGGAGGUUGAGGGUUAGGUUUGAGGUGAGGGGGGGGUGA